AAGUUGUCGACUCGCUCGUCAGUCCCAGGAACUGUAACUUGAUGAACCAGUUAGGGGAGAGAGGUUAUGGCAGGAAAGAUGGCAUUCCAGAAUACUACAGCAAACUAUUUUUCAAUGGGUAGUGAGACACUAAAGGUCCCAAUGAGUUUAUUCUCUCUCAAUCGUCAGCGACUGGUGAAGAGUCUAUCAGAUAAUCCUGAGGUACCUAACACAGGGGCUGUACUGCUACUGGAGGGAGGGAAGCAGGAGACAAGAUACUGCACUCCAAUGGAGCCAGUUUUCAGACAGGAGUCCUUCUUCCACUGGCUGUUUGGAGUCGUGGAGGCUGAUUGGUUCGGUGCCCUUGAGGUCGAAAGUGGGCGUGUGACUCUCUUUAUGCCCCGCCUUCAUCCUAGUUUUGCAAUGUGGAGCGAGCUGCACCCUCCGGAACACUUUGCAGUCAAGUAUAACGUAGACCGUGUCAGGUACACGGAUGAGAUUGCUCAGACCUUGUCUGACUUGAAGCCGUCAAUGUUGCUGCUACUAAAUGGUGUCAAUGUUGAUAGUGGUAAAUAUUGUAAGGAGGCAGUUUUCACAGGAAAGGAAAAGUUCAAUGAUGUCAUUGAUAGAAAGCUCCUUCAUCCAGAUAUAACCGAGUGUCGUGUGAUCAAGACCCCAGAAGAGAUUGAGGUAUUGCGUUAUGUGAAUCAAGUUAGCAGCAAAGCUCACUGUGAGGUGAUGAGGGUAGUGAAGCCUGGGAUGAUGGAGUAUGAACUGGAAAGUUUGUUCCAUCAUUAUUGCUAUGGAGUCGGAGGCUGUAGACAUUACGCAUGGAUAUAUACUUGUGGGACUGGAAAGAAUUCUGCUGUAUUGAACUAUGGAAAUUCUGGCUCUCCUAACAAUGGAGUCAUAAAAGAUGGAGACAUGUGUCUCUUUGAUAUGGGUUCUGAAUAUUACUGCUAUACUUCUGACAUCACGUGUUCUUUUCCUUCUAAUGGUCGCUUCACUCCCACUCAGAAGCUAGUGUACAAUACUGUCCUUAGGACCAAUCGCUCCGUAAUGGCCGCCAUUAAACCUGGCGUUGACUGGAUUGACAUGCAUCAUCUGGCGGAAAGGGAACUCAUCGCAGGCCUAAAGGGAAUGGGCCUGUUGCUAGGCAACUUGAAGGACAUGAUGAAUGCAAACAUGGCGUCUGUUUUCAUGCCACUCAGUUUUGGUCAUUUGCUGGGGUGUGACGUCCUUGAUGUGGGUGGAUUUCCCACGGGAUCCAGACCCACCACUGGACCAAUGGUUCUUCGCAUUAACAGGACACUGCAGGAAGGGAUGUGUCUCACCAUUGAACCAGGCUGCUACUUUGUACCCUAUUUGUUAGAUAAAGCAUUGUCUAAUCCAUCUCAGUCUUGUUUCAUUAAUAAAGAUAUGCUAGAGACACUGAAAGGGUUUGGAGGAGUAAGGAUUGAGGAUGACAUCAUAGUGACAUCAUCUGGUGCUGAAUUACUAACUGAUGUACCCCGUACUGUUCAAGAGAUUGAGGAGUGGAUGCAGAAUGGGAACAAGACCUGGGGAAAGAAGGAUAACAAGACUAUCUCUUAAGCAUCAAUUGUCAUAUACUUUUCAUAAUUCCUUUUAUAUUAUGCAUGGACCAUGGUCUUUUAGUUUUAAACUGGUACUGUCUUUAUUUUUAUUCUAGUAGUAUUGAACUAUGAAUUAUUGUUUCGUGAUAA